AUGGCCCCAUCAACCGCGACUCCGUCUGAUUUACACCGCGCCCCCGUCGCAUGUCUCAAGUGCCGCGCAGCCAAGGUCCGAUGCCUGAUAUCCCGACGGCCGGACCGAUGCGAUCGCUGCAUAUCCAAUGGCAGCGACUGUGUCUUCACUCAGCCGAAAAGAGCCAGAAUCAGAGCCCAGCCAUAUCCCCAGCCCCGACAGCGCGAGUCUUCUCCACGGCCACGCGUAUUCGUAUCUCCGCAGGACGAGGCCCGAGAGGAUGUCAUCCAGCCCACGCCGUCGUCGCAUGCGUCACCCGCCCCUCCGACGCCGUUAAGCCAUGAUGCCCCUCAUCUUGAUGCCGGGCCUCAACCUCCCAUUACUGCGGAGAUACGUGCGAGAAUCAUUGCGACGCUGGCGACUCUCAAGGGCAAGAGAGGGGCACCUUUCAGCUUCAUCACAUCGGGCGACAGACCACCUUUCGGUGCAAGUAAUGAUCCUGGAGAAUCUGGCAGGCGAAAUUUCCAAGGACAAGCCAGCCAGCCAUCUCAGCCGUCGUUGAAGCUUUCAUGGCUUCUCACUCCGCUAAAAGUGGGUGGGCCUGGGCAGGCAACUAUCGGCCAGGCUGGUCCUCCGGUAAAGAUGCCCACCUACUCGGCCUGCAUGAGUCUCGGACAGACUAUCACGGAUCCAAUCGAUAAUGGGAUCCUGAGUGAGCCGGCAUCUAUAGCACUGUUCGAACAUUUCAUGACCGAGAUGAAUGCAAAAUGGGAAUACGUCUUAGAUCCCCACUUCGACACGCACAACGAUGUUAGACGAAGGAGCCAUCUACUGUUUGCCACAGUGCUGUUUUGUUCCUCCAAGUUUGCCAACUAUCAAGACGGAGAUCUGUCCCUCAAAACGGACCCCUUUCUUCAAACCCGACUGUGCAGCCUGGCUCGCAACCUGGCUGUCCGCACGUUUGCUGAAGGAGACAGGUCUGUCGAGACCAUGCAGGCAUUCUAUCUACUCGUCUGCUGGAAAGAUGAAGACGACGACAUUUCAUAUCUUCAUAGCGGCUACGCUUUCCAAAUACUCCACGAUCUAGACUUGGAGCAGAGCAAUGGGAGUGCCCAGCAAACCGCCAGGCGCAGACGGGCUUGGCUUGCCCUGUUUCGACAGGAUAAACAGCAAAGUAUGUUCUUCAUGAGGAGGGCCUCACUCAACCUCGGAGACGAGGAAGAUUCCCCUCGUCUUCUUGACCUUCAGACCUGGUUAAAGAUGCCGCAUUCACUGCCGCUUGAUUUCGUUGCUUGUUGCAGCGCGGAUCUGCGACGUAUUCAAUCCAAGAUACGCGUUAUGAUUCCUAAGGCAUCCUCAACCAUGCUUCCAUGCCUCUCUGACCUCUUGGACUCUGAACUGAACAGAUGGAAAUUGACUUGGCAACCUCAUUUUGAUGGAAAAGGCAGGCUGCAUCAGAACGAUGAUCUAUCGCUCGACCAGAGACUGCUUUACUCUGGUCAGGACCAUCUUUCGGCCCUUGUCGGGGUUUGGGAACAGAGUGUCAGGCUCAAUAUUUCGUCAUUAAUUUUGAGACAGGUCCUCAUGACUUCAGUGACCAAAGAUUCUCGGUCCUCUGAGCUGCCUUCAGCGCCAGCUUCAAGUCUUGGUUUCCCUGCCAUGGGAGAGGGGCUUUCAACUGACACGCCUGGUCUGGCGAACAGUGUUCAUGGCGCCUUGGGAACACUGCGUCAACUUCUGAAGUUUCCAACAGACGAUCUUCGUCGGUCACCAGAUGCUGUAACCCUUCUUGCACCAAAUGCGGCACUCUUCUUAUGUCUGCUGUUGUGCCUGCCAUGCGACGGUAUCCUUGGUCCAUCAUUCCAAAGAACCGCCGUUGGUCUCAUAAAAGACAUUAAUCGGCAUGUCAAGGACAUGGUACGAUCGCCGCAGGAUAUGGUGAACCUGCACGCGGCAUACUUGGAGUCACUAGCAAAUUUGUUGCAGCCAAUGACUCCACAGUGUUCCCCGACUCUACAGGGUCACAUGGGGUCAGACGUUCAGCAUCUAGGCCUUGAUGGAGAUCAAAUGCUCCUCGAAGAGACGGAACUUCAGGCAGCUCAUGUCUUAGCUGGGGGAAUGGAUGUCUUUAACCAAAACACGGACAUAAACAACGCCUUGCUCGGAUUCACUAGCGAGCCGGAGCAGGCAUUGCACAUGCAAAGCUUCGCCAACUUGAUGGACACGAGUUUCUUUUGGGAUGCACCUCCAAUGGCAGCCGAGAGAAGCUAUGAUUGA